AUGGGGCUAUGCUCGCUCCGUUUACCUGCCAGCCACAUAAGCGAGCAGCUCGAAAACGAUACAAAAUGCGACAAUCAAAUUCCCUCCCUCCACGAACGGCUACCUCCAUUGGAAGCUGACCAGCACUUUCCACUUGGGCCCGACAGCCGAGGAGAAGCAUUUCGCAGCGUCAACUCAUGCCAAUAUGUUCGGCAAGAAGCCGAGGUCACUCUACAUGAUGGGCCAACUGAUAAAGACCCGAUCAUGGCAACGGUUCACACCGACAAAUGGGGUCGGACCAGACCCGCAAUUAUUACUCUCCCUCUUCGGCCGGAAGGUUCACACGGAGAUGCCAUCGUGGAGGAGAUGAUUCCGGUGAAGCACAUAUCGCCGACGUUUACUUUUGAAACGAAUGCGGCUGGUAAAGGCGCCGGGCGAGUGCGUUUCGAGUGGCGCAAAAGUCAUGGCAAUGAAAUCACGGAGCUUGCCACUGGUCACUCUUAUGACUGGAGAGUGGUGUGGCUGUCCGUUCCAGAGAAUACCGUUUGUGGAAGCCGAAAAGAACCGCCUCAAGGGAUUUCAGGCGAUGGCAUGGAAAUUGUAGCGACCCUCGCCCAUAGUCAAGAGAGGCACUAG